UGACACGCGCACACAAAUACACACACACAAAUCCAAUCUCACUCGUUUUUUAUUUUUUAUUUUUUUACUCUCUCAUAUACAAUCCUUCUCACUCUUCACUCCCACACCACAAUCCCAAUCCCUAACUGCCCAACCCCCAAAAAAAAAAAGAAAAAAAUGUUCCCCAAAUAAACCAACCCACCCCCUUUCUUUCCUUUCCGAAAUCCCAUUUUCAAUCUUCUUCUUCUUCUACUUGUUCCACCGUCGCCGUCUCCGCCGCCACUUAUUUCCCUCCCGUUUUUUCCAUGACGGACUAUCGAAUACCGCCGACGAUGAAUCUCUGGACGGACGACAACGCCUCCAUGAUGGAGGCCUUCAUGAGCUCCUCCGACCUCUCCGCCUUCUGGGCAGCUCCUCCCUCCUCCCACCAUCACCACCACCACCAGCCAGGUUCUACCCAUCCGCCGCAGCCCCAGCAAUCUUCCGCCUCCACGUCAGCAGCUCCGGCGUCCUCUGCGCCUGCGCCUGCGCCGCCCUUCAACCAGGAAACUCUCCAGCAGCGUCUACAGGCGCUGAUUGAGGGCGCCCGCGAGAGCUGGACCUACGCCAUCUUCUGGCAGUCAUCCUACGACUACUCUGGUGCCUCCGUUCUCGGCUGGGGCGACGGGUACUACAAGGGCGACGAGGAGAAAGGCAGAGGUAAAUCCAAGACGACAUCCUCCGCCGCCGAGCAGGAGCACAGGAAGAAGGUCCUCCGCGAGCUUAAUUCCCUGAUCUCCGGCUCCGCUCCCUCCGCCGACGACUCCGUCGACGCCGUCGACGAGGAGGUCACCGACACCGAGUGGUUCUUCCUUGUCUCCAUGACUCAGUCCUUCGUCAACGGCGGAGGAUUGCCGGGACAGGCGUUCUUCAAUUCCAGCCCCGUUUGGGUCGCCGGAGCUGAUAGCUUGGGCUCCUCGACUUGCGAGAGGGCUCGCCAAGGUCAGAUCUUUGGGUUGCAGACGAUCGUCUGUAUUCCGUCGGAGAACGGCGUGGUCGAAUUGGGAUCCACGGAGGUGAUCUUCGAGAGCUCCGAUCUGAUGAACAAAGUUAGGGUUUUGUUCAAUUUCAGCAACAUGGAGGCCGGCUCCUGGCCGUUGGAUCAGGGAGAGAACGAUCCGUCUUCGUUUUGGAUCAGCGAGCCGUCGAGCGCCGUCGAGUUGAAGGAUUCGGCGAAUCCGAGCUCCAACACGAACCAGCAGAUCAGCUCGAAGUCGACAGUGGUUCAGUUCGAGAACAAUCCGAGCUCGAGCAGCUUGACGGAGAAUCCCAGCGCAACCGCCGCCGUCGCCGCCGCCGCGGGUUCGAUUCAGAAACCUAAUGGAAACAGCACCAACAAUAAUAAUCAGACGCAGAGCUUCUUUACCAGAGAAUUGAAUUUUUCUGAGUACGGAUUUGAUGGAAACAGCGUGAAAAGCGGCGGGAAUUUGAAGCCGGAGUCCGGCGAGAUUCUGAAUUUCGGAGAGAGCAAGAGGAGCAGCAACAACGGGGGGUUGUUCGCGAACCAGACGCCAUUCGCGGUGGUGGAGGAGACGAACAAGAAGAAGAGGUCGCCGACGUCGCGUGGGAGCCACGAGGAAGGGAUGCUAUCCUUCACCUCCGGCGUGAUCCUCCCGUCGAGCGGCGUCAUGAAAUCGAGCAACAACGGGACGGCCGAUUCGGACAACUCCGACCUCGAGGCCUCCGUCGUCCGCGAGGCCGACAGCAGUAGAGUCGUCGAGCCGGAGAAGCGGCCCAGGAAGAGAGGACGAAAGCCGGCCAAUGGCCGAGAGGAGCCGCUCAACCACGUCGAGGCCGAGAGGCAGCGGAGGGAGAAGCUCAACCAGAGGUUCUACGCCCUCCGAGCCGUCGUCCCUAACGUUUCGAAGAUGGACAAGGCCUCGCUCCUCGGCGACGCCAUUUCGUACAUUAACGAGCUCAAGUCGAAGCUCCAGGGUGCGGAAUCGGACAAGGAGGAUCUCCAGAAGCAGAUUGAUUCGGUGAAGGAGUUGGCCGGCAAGGAUUCUUCGCGGCCUCCGACGGACCCAGACCUCUCAAUGUCAAACCACCAUGGAAGCAGCAAGCUCAUAGAUUUGGACAUAGACGUGAAGAUAAUAGGCUGGGACGCCAUGAUUAGGAUGCAAUGUAGCAAGAAGAACCACCCCGCCGCGAGAUUUAUGUCGGCUUUGAAAGAGCUUGACUUGGAUGUCAAUCAUGCAAGUGUGUCUGUAGUCAAUGAUUUGAUGAUCCAACAAGCGACGGUGAAGAUGGGCAGUCGAUUCUACACUCAGGACCAGCUCAGGUUAGCCUUAUCAGCCAAAGUCGGCGAUGCCCGAUAGGCGAAAAGGCGGAAACUGCUAAAAAUUUGUGUAGGAUCAGAGUUUCUGGGACAUUUUAAGGCUUCCCGGCAUUGCAAAGCUGCAAAAAAGCACUGUAAAAUAGUAAUAUUUCUACGUAGUACUUAAUUGAUUGUCUCUAGUCUCUAUUUAUUAGUGAAUGAAGACCUAGUUUUGGCGGGCAUAUGUGAAUUUUGAGGAGGAGCUGAAACGAAUUCAACAAAUUUUCAGACUUUAUUCAUCAGCUUCUAUCAGGCGAGAAGUAGCUCUUUUUACUAUUCUUUUAGUGUAAUCUUGCUGGUGGGUGUUCCUUGUAUAUAUAUGUCAUCAAUUACAAACUCAUGAAAAUCUCUGGGCAUUCUUGUGCAUGUCUGUACCUGACUUGCAAGCCUUUGUUUCUGUGAUUGUAAGUGAAAGUUUCCAAUCUAUAUAGAUGUAUAUCUUCACGGAAGCUUUGUAGUUUGUACUGGAACUUUUUUUUGCUUUC